GCUCUAGGGUUUCUGUUUACCUCGUAAAUUCCCUACUUAUUCAUCGAUUCUUCCAAUCUUUUCAACACCUUUGAGGGUUUCAGUAAGCUGUUGAUUGGAUGGGGGUAAUCGGAUCAGGAGCCGUCUGAUCUCUUGUUCUUGCUGUCACUGCUGGUAAUCUGGGGCGGUGGUCCCCUUUGUAUGGAAACUCGGAGCCGGAAGCGGGCGGAGGCCUCCUCAACUGCCCCUUCUUCUUCAUCGGGUCCCAUCACUCGCUCCCACAAGCGCGCCCGUCUCUUCUCCUCUCCCGCUGUCAGUUCCCCUCCCGUCCGUUCCCGCUCUUCUCGUGCCGCAGCUGCAAUGGACCCGACAAAUAAUGAAUCCUCCUCUGGUUCUCGUCGUGAUCGUCGCUCCAACAAAAGUAAUCAGAAUCAGAAUACCAGUGAUAAUCCUAAUCCGUCCUCUGAUAAAGGUAAGGAAAAGGAACUCGAUCCCAGGAUUCGAGAGAGAGAUAGAGAUAACGCCAAUAGCAAUAAUCACCCCGAGCGCAGUUUGGGGUUGAAUAUGGAUGGCUCUGGAGGUGAUGAAGAUGAUAAUGACAGUGAGGGUGGAGUGGGGAUUUUCCACCAGAAUCUGUCGACGUCAGCAAGCAGCGCCCUUCAAGGGCUAUUAAGGAAGCUGGGUGCUGGAUUGGAUGAUUUGUUGCCGUCUUCGGCAUUAUCAUCUUCCCACCUGAGUGGGAGGCUGAAGAAAAUUCUUUCUGGGCUGCGAGCAGAUGGAGAGGAAGGUAAGCAAGUGGAGGCAUUGACGCAGCUCUGUGAAAUGCUGUCGAUUGGGACUGAGGAAUCACUAAGCACCUUCUCUGUUGAUUCCUUUGUUCCUGUGCUUGUGGGAUUGCUUAACCAUGAAAGUAAUCCGGAUAUAAUGCUUCUAGCUGCAAGGGCACUCACUCAUUUGUGUGACGUGCUUCCGUCUUCUUGUGCUGCUGUUGUUCACUAUGGUGCUGUUUCUUGCUUUUGUGCGAGGCUGCUAACUAUAGAGUAUAUGGACUUGGCCGAGCAGUGUCUGCAAGCUUUGAAGAAGAUAUCUCAGGAACAUCCAACUGCCUGUUUGAGAGCAGGUGCUCUUAUGGCAGUGCUUCCCUAUCUUGAUUUCUUCCCAACUGGAGUACAGCGGGUGGCGUUAUCUACUGCUGCAAAUAUGUGCAAGAAACUCCCGUCAGAUGCAGCUGAUUAUGUCAUGGAAGCUGUACCACUAUUGACAAACCUUCUUCAGUAUCAUGAUUCAAAGGUCUUGGAACAUGCUUCCGUUUGUUUGACCCGCAUUGCUGAAGCAUUUGCAUCAUCACCAGAUAAAUUAGAUAAGCUCUGCAAUCAUGGUUUGGUUACUCAAGCUGCAACUCUAAUUUCUACCAGUAAUUCAGGUGGUGGACAAGCGUCUCUUAGCACGCCAACUUACACGGGCUUAAUUCGACUGCUUUCCACCUGUGCAAGUGGAUCCCCACUUGGAGCUAAAACUCUGCUUCUGCUUGGGAUCAGUGGUAUUCUUAAAGAUAUUUUAUCAGGUUCUGGUGUUUCUGCUAAUUCAUCUGUUCCUCUAGCUUUGAGUAGACCAGCAGAUCAGAUUUUUGAGAUUGUCAACCUUGCAAAUGAGCUUCUUCCCCCAUUGCCACAAGGAACCAUCUCCCUUCCUGUCAGCUCCAGUAUGUUUGUGAAAGGUCCUGUACCGAAAAAAUCCCCUGGUAGCAGUACUGGAAAACAAGAAGACACAAAUGGAAAUGCUCCUGAGAUUUCAGCUCGUGAGAAACUGUUGAGUGAUCAGCCUGAGCUCUUGCGGCAGUUUGGGAUGGAUCUGCUUCCUGUUCUAAUACAGAUAUAUGGUUCCAGCGUCAAUAGCCCAGUUCGGCACAAAUGUCUCUCUGUUAUCGGUAAAUUAAUGUAUUUCAGCACUGCAGAGAUGAUACAGUCUUUGUUAAGCAUGACAAACAUAUCAAGUUUCUUAGCUGGUGUUUUAGCAUGGAAAGACCCACAUGUCUUGGUUCCAGCCCUCCAAAUUGCUGAGAUUCUUAUGGAAAAGCUUCCUGGAACAUUCUCAAAAAUGUUUGUUAGAGAGGGUGUGGUUCAUGCUGUAGACCAACUUGUAUUAGUUGGCAAUCCAACUGCUCAAGCAUCCUCCGUUGAUAAGGAUAAUGAUUGUAUAACCGGAACAUCAUCACGUUCUAGGCGUUAUAGGCGACGAAGUGGUAACUCUAAUCCUGAAGGUGGUUCCAUGGAAGAGUCUAAAAAUCCAGUCUCUGUGAAUGUUGGCUCUCCUCCAAGUUCAGUAGAAAUUCCUACUGUCAAUUCAAAUCUUCGUACAACGGUAAGUUCAUGUGCUAAAGCAUUCAAGGACAAGUAUUACCCUUCUGAUUCAGGCGCUAUUGAAGUUGGAGUUACAGAUGAUCUGUUACUCUUAAAGGAUCUUUGCAUGAAAUUAAAUAAUGGUAUUGAUGAUCAAAAAACUAAAGUUAAGGGAAAAUCUAAAACCUCUGGUUCUCAAUUUGUUGAGCUCUCUGCUAGCAAGGAAGACUACUUGAUUGAGCUGAUAUUGGAGAUACUAGCAGAACUAAGCAAAGGGGAUGGUGUAUCUACUUUUGAGUUCAUUGGUAGUGGGGUUGUUGCUGCUUUGUUAAAUUAUUUUUCUUGUAGUUGCUUCUCCAAGGAAAGAAUUUCGGAAACCAAUCUGCCAAAGCUCCGCCAACAAGCACUUAAAAGAUUUAAAUCAUUUAUUGAGAUUGCACUACCUUCCAGCGUGGAUGAAGGGAGUGUGGCUCGUCUGACUGUCUUAGUUCAGAAGCUUCAAAAUGCUCUGUCUUCUUUAGAGCGUUUCCCUGUUGUUUUAAGCCAUUCUUCUAGGUCAUCACUGGGGGGUGCACGGCUCUCUUCUGGAUUAAGCGCAUUAUCUCAGCCAUUUAAGUUGCGCCUCUGUAGAGCCCAAGGAGAAAAAUCUCUUCGAGAUUAUUCAUCCAAUAUAGUGCUUAUUGAUCCAUUAGCAAGUUUGGCAGCUGUUGAAGAGUUCCUUUGGCCACGGGUUCAGCGGAGUGACUCUGGUCUGAAAUCCUCUGCAUCUGUGGGAAAUUCUGAAUCUGGAACUACACCUAGUGGAGCUGGUGCUUCAUCCCAAUCUGUGUCAACUACUCGUCGUCAUUCUUCAAGAUCCAGAUCAUCUGUUAAUAUAGGAGAUGCUGCCAAAAAGGAACAGUUGCAGGAUAAAAGUACUAGUUCUUCAAAGGGAAAAGGUAAAGCUGUCUUGAAAGCAGCCCAAGAGGAGUCAAGAGGACCUCAAACAAGAAAUGCUGCUCGCAGAAGAGCUGCACUUGAUAAAGAUGCGCAAAUGAAAUCAGUGAAUGGUGACUCUACUUCUGAGGAUGAAGAAUUGGAUAUGUCUCCUGUUGAGAUUGAUGAUGCAUUGGUGAUUGAAGAUGAUGAUAUCUCUGAUGAUGAAGAUGGUGAUCAUGAUGAUGUGCUGAGGGAUGAUUCCCUUCCCAUUUGCAUGUCCGAAAAAGUACAUGAUGUGAAAUUGGGAGAUUCAGCUGAAGAUGGUGCAGCUGUCUCAGCCACAAGUGAUAGCCAAACAAAUGCAGCAUCUGGAUCUAGUAGCAGAGCUGCUACAGCUAGAGGUUCAGAUUCUGUUGAUUUUAGGAGUGGCAAUUCCUAUGGUUCAAGGGGUGCAAUGUCAUUUGCUGCUGCUGCUAUGGCUGGGCUUGGUUCUGCCAAUGGUAGAGGUAUCAGGGGAGGAAGAGAUCGACAAGGGCGUCCCUUGUUUGGUAGUUCUAAUGAGCCUCCAAAAUUGAUCUUUACUGCAGGUGGGAAGCAGCUUAACAAGCAUUUGACCAUCUAUCAGGCCAUUCAGCGACAGCUUGUUCUUGAUGAUGAGGAUGAAGAGAGGUAUGGUGGUAGUGAUUUUAUUUCUAGUGACGGGAGCAGGCUUUGGAGUGAUAUCUACACUAUUACAUACCAAAAGGCAGACAGCCAAGCUGACCGAACAUCUGUUGGAGGAUCAAGUUCUACUAAAUCUACUAAAUCUGGCUCAUCCAAUUCCAACUCUGAAGUCCAAACUCAAAGAAUAUCGCUUUUAGAUAGCAUUUUGCAAGGGGAACUUCCUUGUGAUCUUGAAAAAUCAAACCCUACCUACAAUAUCUUGGCAUUGUUGCGUGUGUUAGAGGGUUUGAACCAGCUUGCUCCUCGUUUAAGAGCCCAGAUAAUAUCUGACAGUUUUGCUGAGGGAAAAAUACUAAGUUUAGAUGAGUUGAGUACAACUGGUGCCAGAGUUACUUCUGAGGAGUUUGUUAACAGUAAGCUAACACCAAAAUUAGCUCGCCAGAUUCAGGAUGCUCUUGCUCUCUGCAGUGGGAGUCUCCCUUCCUGGUGCUACCAGUUGACAAAAGCAUGCCCCUUCUUGUUUCCUUUUGAGACACGAAGACAGUACUUUUAUUCAACUGCCUUUGGGUUGUCUCGUGCACUGUAUCGUCUCCAGCAGCAGCAGGGUGCUGAUGGCCAUGGAUUAGCAAAUGAAAGAGAGGUGAGGGUUGGAAGAUUACAGCGCCAGAAAGUUCGUGUUUCCCGUAAUCGUAUAUUAGAUUCUGCUGCAAAAGUAAUGGAGAUGUACUCUAGCCAAAAAGCUGUACUUGAAGUAGAAUAUUUUGGAGAAGUUGGAACUGGGUUGGGUCCAACUUUAGAAUUCUAUACACUUUUAAGUCAUGACUUGCAAAAAGUUGGACUUGGAAUGUGGAGAUCAAAUUCUACAUCUGAAAAACAUUCCAUGGAAAUUGAUGGAGAUGAAGACAAAAAUGGAAAGGCUGCUAGUUCUGCUACUAAUGAUGGAGAGAUGGUCCAAGCUCCUCUUGGGUUGUUUCCUCAACCGUGGCCACCAAAGGCUGAUGCUUCUGAAGGAAGCUCUUUUUAUAAAGUGAUUGAGUAUUUCCGGCUUGUUGGGCGUGUCAUGGCGAAAGCUCUUCAAGAUGGACGGCUUUUGGACCUGCCUCUGUCAACAGCCUUCUAUAAACUUGUUCUUGGUCAGGAGCUAGAUUUGCAUGAUAUUUUGUCUUUUGAUGUGGAAUUUGGGAAGAUUUUGCAAGAACUAAAUCUUCUUGUUUGCCGAAAGCAAUAUCUAGAAUCAUUGGAUGGUGACAAUUGUAAUGCAAUAUCUGAACUACAUUUUCGUGGGGCCCCACUUGAGGAUCUUUGUCUGGACUUUACACUUCCAGGUUAUCCAGACUAUGUUUUGAAACCAGGAGAUGAAACUGUUGAUAUCUACAAUGUAGAGGAGUACAUAUCCUUGGUGGUUGAUGCAAAUGUCAAGACAGGAAUCAUGCGGCAAAUGGAAGCUUUUAGGGCAGGAUUCAAUCAGGUUUUUGACAUUACAUCUCUCCAAAUAUUUACCCCUCAAGAAUUGGAUUAUUUGCUUUGUGGACGUAGAGAGUUGUGGGAGGCUGAGACACUGGCUGAUCAUAUAAAAUUUGAUCAUGGAUACACUGCCAAGAGCCCUGCAAUUCUAAAUUUACUUGAGAUAAUGGGAGAAUUUACACCAGAGCAGCAGCGGGCAUUCUGCCAAUUUGUCACUGGAGCACCUAGGCUCCCACCUGGUGGUUUGGCAGUGCUGAAUCCAAAAUUGACCAUUGUGAGAAAGCAUUCUUCUACUGCAAGUAACCCAGCUUCCAAUUCAAAUGGACCUUCAGAGUCAGCAGACGAGGACUUGCCUAGUGUAAUGACUUGUGCUAAUUAUUUGAAGCUUCCUCCUUAUUCCACCAAGGAAAUUAUGUACAAGAAACUACUUUAUGCAAUCAGUGAAGGGCAGGGAUCUUUUGAUUUAUCAUGAGUUGUCGAGACUAACCAAUUGGCCAGGGUAUAUUAUAAAACAAGACACACUGAGGGUCAAUUCUUUUAGCUGGGAUUGAUUUUGAUGUUUGGAAGUAGCAUCUUUUUGCUUAAAUAAUGGCUCUUCACUGCCUUUAAUGUCGGUAUCGUAUCAUUUUCAAGGUUAAGCUUGGCUGCGUUGGGAGAUUUGGAGGUGGGAUUUUGAAGUUUUGUUGCAGCUUCUGCUAGCGCUUUUGUAUAUACAUAGGAAUUUUGUUUCUUUUUGUUCGACAAUUUAUUGCUUGGAAUAUACAAUAUAUGGCGUAAAUGUUGAAGGGGAAAUGAAUAAUAAAGAAAAUAUUUAUGUUGUUUUAAUUCUUUAUUUUUAAGUCUUAGAGUAUGUUGUAUAAAUUUUCGUUUAUUGU